AUGGCAGGUCAUUUGGCACCGAUGCAGACCGCACGACAGCAACUUGCCGCACUCUUUGGUGCACAGAUGCACUGCCUCGAUGGACAUCUGGUCGGUGGCAGUUCUGGAGUCAAUAACGUUCUUCCGGAUGCCCUUGAGUCGCUGGCGUUCUCUCACGGCAGCAACGGGCUCGUACUCGCAGCAGAUCUCGAAACAUCUGUGGCGACGACAGCUCAUCAGGGCCUGGCACUUGUGGUUGCACUCGGGAACGUAGCCCUGCUGUGCCAAUUUGCAGGCGAUGGUGUAUUGGGUGUAGUUGCAGCGGCACUUGGCGUCGACUGUGGCAAAGCACGGCGAACACUCGCCUUCGUGGCAUGGCCAGUAGCAUGUGUGACCGCACUCGAGCGUCUUACCGCAGAUCUCGCCGCAUGUGGCGACCGGGUCGAGACACGAGGCUCGGGCGGGGGCCAGCUGCUCGAGACGGUGUUUGCCGCAGGGACAGUGUGUGAGCAGUUUCGGCGACCGCGUGCACUUGUGGCCCGCCAAGGUCUUGACGUGGCAGAGGUCCGUGCACCUGUGGUUGCCGCAGUCGAGAAGAUCGUCGCAGAUCUCGUCACAUUGGAACGACCCGAUCCACGAGGAGUCGGGAGUCUGCGACUGUUCUGGGGCACGUUCAUGACAUUUGAGUUCUGCUGUGUGACGGCCACAGAAACAGCGGGCGGUAAUUGGUUUUUCACAGGGCCCGCAAAGUCCCGUGUGACAGUUGCGCUCACACUUAUGCAAAUUACAAGGCAUAAUGUCUUCACACGGACGGCCACAAGACCACCCGGUUUUGUAAGGAGUGAUGACGCAGGGAAGCUGUUGCUCGGAGGAUCCGCAGUUGCACUUGAUUACAGGCCCCAUGGCUGUGCAUUUCUUGAUGUGGGGGCCCGGAUGGCAGGGAAGAGAGCAUCCGUGAACACAAUUUGGUAA